UUUUCACUGGCCAGCAUCGUUUCAUUACACUCACAUAUGAAAGUUGGUCAGGAAUUUAGCAACGACGAAUGCCAGGCAGCUGCGUGUGCGCUGCUCAAACAUAAUGCCCACCUCGAUGGCACUCACUUUCAUACUAGGAAACCCGCUGGCCUUCAUCCUUCCUACAUCGCUUUCAACUCAUACACAACAUUGGACGAGAAGUCUUCCACACAUGAGGAUUUUGUUGAGGCAGCAUUGCAGGACCUCUUUGACACGGUCGCAAUGCAAGACCAUCUUGAUGGUGGGAUCUCUCUCCUUAUUUGUUGCCCUGGCUCUGAAGCUACACCAGCUCUUUUGCCAGAGCAUCUCUCUCUUGACCUCUACAUCACACUGCGUGAAUUACAUGAAACUCCCGAGCGCAUUGGAGGAGAUAUAUCUGUCUUGGUGCAGGCUUUUGCUGAAGAAAAUCACAAAAAACUCGUCUCAGAUGUUCGGGGCGCGAUCUGCCGUGAGAUUAACAGGACACUCCAUAAGUUCGUGAUCACACAGGAUCCAUCAGCACGGAUGCAUUGGGCAAACUACUGGCGGAGCGUUGUUCAGCGCUACCUUGUUGUCAUCGAAGGUUGGCCUGACAACAUCCCUUUUGUCAACCUUAGCAAUGUAUCCAGCACCCUACCUGAUUUG